AUGGCUGAUAAACUAGGACUUGGAUCUGAAGUAAAAGAACUUCGUCUGGGUAGCAGUUUUACCAAUCCAAGGGGAUCUGCAUUUCACACAUUUCGAUAUGAUUUUAAGCCAGCUAGUGUGGACACCAGUAAAAUGGCAACUGUUGACAUAUUACCAAACAAUGAAGUAAAUGUGACUGUUCCACAUUCAGAUGGUUCAGGCACAGCUCAGACAUCUGUCUUUAGAGGCCCCAAAAAACCAUACACAAAAGAAUGUGUACUCAUAAUUGACCACAACACAGGUGAGAUAACAUUGGAAAGGUUGUCCCACAAUAUCCAGCUAAAAAAAACAAGGGCUGAGGGUACUGGUAAAGCCGGAAGAUCAUCAUCACCAGUUGAUCUAACACCACAGCAACAACAGUAUUAUUCUCAGCAAAAGAAGUCAUCUCCAUUACAGAAAUCUCCAACGUCUUCGUUUUCGCCGCCCACCCCAUCGCCUCCAUACAAUCCGACGCAAAAAAAUUCUCCCAAACAUGUUUCUGGAUUUCCUAUGAAGAAAAGCAGUUCAUCUCCACACCAACUUGUAGCCAAUUCCAAUGUAGUACCAGCGUCUGGUAGCAUGCCUUUAUUGGAUGACUUAGACCUGAUAACUGAAGGGCCUCGACAAGAGGUUGCACCGACAGUUGGAGUGUUGUCAGACAGUUCUAGCGACAGUGGAAGUGAUUCAAGUUCGGAUUCUAGCGAAUCGGAUUCUGAUUCUGACAUGGAGGAUACUCAUAUUCCUAAUGAACGAAAUAAUGGAAGUCCGGUUAUAUCGAAGGAAACCAUGCCCUUACCGAAUUCUUCUCUAGCGCAUUUAUCGAUGCCUUCCCAUUUGCUUAGUGAAGAUUUGAGGUUGUCGGAUUCCGGGUCAGAGAGCGACUGA